GGUUUUAGACUUUAGAGUGACAGAAACAGAGAUCCAAUGGAGUAUGAGAGAAUAGACAUAGUUCAGAGUGGUAUUUCACCAAGUAAAUUAAGAAUGAAGCUGAUGGGACCUCAUCAUCACAGAAAAAAAGAUGGAUCAAAGUCACCAAACAACAAUUCUUCAAGGACUUCCCCUUCCAGGGUUGAGGAUGCUGAGUUUGUCAACAGUCUGUUAGGCUCUAAAACUGUAGAUUUUGACGAGGAAGUUGUUCCUGCAAUACGAUCAGUUUGUAUGAGAGAUAUGGGAACAGAAAUGACCCCUGUUACUAGUCAAGAGCCUUCUCGGACUGCUACACCUGUAGGGGCAACCACCCCGCUCCGGAGUCCAACAUCUUCGAUCCCAUCUACUCCUCGUGGAGGGGCACCGACAUCAAUGCCAUUGGAUGAUGAGUCACAGCAUCCUCCUGAUAACGGCAAAAAGGAAUUGUCAGAGGAAGAAAUGAAGAAUAAGACAAGACAAGAGAUUGUAGCCCUCGGUGUGCAGCUUGGCAAGAUGAAUAUUGCUGCUUGGGCUAGCAAAGACGACAAGGAGAACAAUACUACUUCAGUUGAUGCCACACAUAUGAAGAAGCUUGGGCAGAUGGAAUAUGAACAACGAGCAGCCGCAUGGGAGGAAGCUGAAAAGUCUAAACAUACUGCAAGGUAUAAGCGUGAAGAGAUCAAAAUUCAAGCAUGGGAGAGUCAGCAGAGAGCAAAACUAGAAGCAGAGAUGCGGAGAAUCGAGGCAAAAGUAGAGCAAAUGAGAGCGCAAGCUGAAGCAAAGAUGGUAAAGAAGAUCGCAAUGGCUAAGCAAAGAUCGGAAGAAAAACGAGAAGCGGCUGAAGCUAGAAAAACCCGAGAUGCCGAAAGGACUUCUGCACAAGUAGAAUACAUUCGCCGAACCGGCAGAAUGCCAUCAUCCCAUUACAUGUGCUGCGGAUGGUAAACAAUGAAUUAUGAA